GCUGAUCUAGCUUUGCAAGGUAGAGGGAAGAAAGCUAGUGGUAGAAAUCAUGAGGUUCCGGUUCUGUGGCGACUUGGACUGCCCUGAUUGGGUGUUGGCAGAAAUCAGCACUUUGGCCAAAAUAUCCUCAGUAAAGCUAAAGCUCAUCUGUGCCCAGGUACUGAAAGAUCUGCUCAGGGAAGGAAUUGAUUACGAAAAGAUUCUAAAGCUGACAUCGGAUGCUAAGUUUGAGUCUGGGGACGUCAAGGCCACCAUCGCGGUCCUCAACUUCAUCCUUUCCAAUGCUGCCAAGCAUAAUGUCGACAGUGAGUCUUUAUCCAGUGAGCUACAGCAAUUGGGGCUGCCGAAAGAACAUGCCACAGGUCUGUGCCGAUCGUAUGAGGAGAAGCAAGGACCCUUGCAGGACAGCCUUAGGGGAUGUAGCCUGAGGUUAAACCGCUUGGAUUCCGUGUCCUGGCGAGUGGAUUAUACUCUUAGCUCCAGUGAACUCCAGCAGGUCAAUGAACCUGUUGUUCACCUCAAGUUAAACGUGCGGGAUGUUGACAAGGGAGUCGUGGAACCGGUGGCAAUGACUCUAUCGGCAGAGAAGUUCCGUGUCUUACUUGCAGAACUGAAGCAGGCCCAAGCCAUUAUGAAGACGCUCGAGUGACGAGCGUCACAAGUAGAGAGCAACGGAGCGGGAACGAGCUGAUUUUUCGACAGCUUGAGAAACAUUCAGUGGACAAUUACACUACGGGGAGAGUCCUCGUGUAUAUGGCCUUCCCUCCCUGGCUGGUGGGGGAUCCCCGCUGGAAGGAAGCUAUUUGCAAACCGCGUUAUCCUAGGAAGGAAUACAUGCUAGUUGCCCCCAGCAAAGUGGAACAAAGCAAAACUCAUGCAAAGAAGUUGCUCUUGAAAUGAGGUUAUCUUUUUAUGACUCCUGAAGCUGUGCAAAUGGCCUUGUCCAGGCACGGGUUGAUGUUUGCCCCAUCAGUUCACAUGUACAAAAGACCACGAGAGCGCUCAUGAUAUCAUAGUAGCAGGAGACCUCAAUGGGAUUUUGCACUGCCCGUGCCCUCCUCUAUUUGAGAUGCUUAUUGCUCCUCCAACGGACAUCUGUCUCCUGCGUCUUGCAUCCGUCUUCCUGUUAACUGGCAACAUCUCCCUUCUCACCUACCAGGGUGACAUCUUUACAAGCACCAAAGGGGAGAGGCCAGCCUUCUUCCCAAAUGUUUGGUUUUGGGCUUGCAAUCCUCUGGACAGCAAAUCUCCAAAGCUCAGGGGCUCUCAGUCCCUCCAACCACUUGCAUCUCACUGUUUAAACAUAAAGAGAGAAAUUUCUAUACUUUGAGGGGGAUGGAAGAAAAUAAAUCUU